AUGUAUGGAAAUGGAUGUUUUCUAUAUGGCAAAGAAUCUAUUUCAAUGCAGCCAUGGAAAAUAGUUGACCUGGAAGGAUGUCUCUAUUAUACCUUCCUUCCAGCAAAUCUCAUGUCAAAAAUAGAAGAGAAUCAACGCAAUCAAAAACAGAUUGUCGAAGUAGAGAAAAUCGAUAAUAUGGAAAACUUUGAAAUUCUAAAUGAUAAUAUAAUUUAUACAGACGGAUUAAACACUGUUUAUGCAGUAGACGUAAACAAAAAGAAUGUCUUGCCGGUGGACACGCUAGAAGAUACGGAUGACGAGGAACUUCAGAAUAAAACCGAGAUAUAUAGUUGUGAUAAGUGUAAUACUUGUUUUCCCAUGAAGCAGUUGUUAAAGUAUCAUUUGGAUAUAGUGCACAAAGAGAAUGAAAUAACUUUUACAUACAACUGCAGUUACUGUAGCUAUUCAAGUAACAACAGAUCGACCUUUUACUCGCAUCUUAAGAGGAAACAUUCCAAGCUGCGCGUUAAAAAGAAAAUUAAAUGUAAAAAUAUUAUCAAAUCGCAAGAAUGCUCAUGUUUCAUUUGUGGAUUUAAAACUCUAAGCCAACGACGGUUAAAAGAGCAUUUAGCUCGCAAACACGACACCGUUUAUAGAUAUGAAUGCCAUCACUGCAAUAAGAAAUUUAAAGUGAAGAGCGAUUUGAGAUUGCAUAUACGUUUCAAGCACCUGGAGUGUCCAAUAGUAUGUGACAUCUGCGGUAAGACCUGCUCUAACAGCAAUGCACUGCACGUACACCAAAAAUGCUCGCAUUUUAAGCCCAAAUUUAAAUGCGAAAUCUGCAAUAGACGUAUGGUCACGCAGGAGAAUUUGGAUCAACAUAUAUUGCUGCGGCACGAGCACGGAAAAGGUUUCGCGUGCAAAGAGUGCGAUAAAUCUUUUACAGAAAAUCAUCGACUGAAGCAGCAUAUGAGGACCCAUACCGGUGAUCGACCAUAUACCUGUGAGUUCUGCGGUAAAGCUUUUGCGCGUAGGACUGUUUUCAGACAGCAUCUGUUACUUCAUACGGGAAAACGACCGUACGUUUGUGAUAUUUGUGGGAAAACUUUUACACAAAAACCUGGAUUAAUUACUCAUCGGAAAUCUCAUCCUGGAGAGCACCCUCCUUUACCAGUGGUGCACAUCAAUUCCAUUCUCAAUGAUUUGAUAAAGAAGAAGCCGACAGUAGGUGCUUUUGUCAACGAAGUGGUGAAGAAAAAAAUUGAAACGAAAACAUCAACUUUUGUAUGUAAAGUAAAAUUAGAGGAUCCGUUCGUCUGCGACAUCUGUCCUAAACGCUUCAAGAGCAAGUACUUACUGAAACUUCAUAAAGUCACGCACAUGGCGGAGAUUAUGCACGGAUACGAAACGGACGUGAAGGAAAAUUCUGCAUUCACCGACGCGGUGCCGCGAAAUCAGAUUCUCUCAUGCGUAACAUGCGACUUUCGCUGUGACAAGAGAUCCACGAUGAUCGCGCAUCUCGCCGAGGAGCACGACGGAAUCGCGAAUAAUGGCAGAUUCGCCAGUGACAAACGCAAAUUAACUUGCCUCGUCUGCGGCUUGGUGUGUGCCCGCAAAGAGACCCUGAGGUCGCACUUCAUCCGUAAGCAUACCCAACAUUACGCUUACUCGUGUGAGCAUUGUGGCAAGGGGUUCAAGAUUAAGGGUGACCUCACUACCCAUAUCCGAUUGAAUCAUCAGGAGAUGCCGGUGGUGUGCGGUAUCUGCGACAAGACCUGCCGAAAUAGCCACAGCCUGUACACCCAUCAGAAACAUGCACAUUAUAAGGCGAAAUAUGAAUGCCCGUUGUGCCACCGACGGCUCGUAACAAAACAGAAUCUGGAUCAGCAUGUGCUGACUCAACAUGAGAAGAAAGAAAAGUCGGUGUGUGAGCAAUGCGGCAAGACUUUCUUUGAAAAUUACGAUCUAAGGAAGCACAUGAGGAGUCAUACGGGCGACAAGCCGUACAACUGCAUGGUCUGCGGCAGAGCGUUUGCUAGACACUGCAACCUGAGCCAGCACCUUCUUCUGCAUACUGGCAAGCGUAUCUACGCGUGCGAUGUAUGCGGCAAAACUUUUGCUCAGAAAGCCGGUCUCAUCUGCCAUAGGAAGAUUCACUCGGGAAGUGCGUUUAAUCCUCGUGGCAUUUUCAUCUUUGGUAAUGAAUCACUGGUAAUGAAGAAGUGGCAAAUUUUAGAAUUUGACGACAAACCGUAUUAUGCGUUUGUGCCUGAAGGUGAUAUACCUAUACCGGAUGAGGAUAUACUAUAUCAAACAGAUGAAGAAGUAGAGGUAAUAGAAAAUGAGAAUAUUGAUGUAAAUGAUAUCAAACAGGAUUAUUCGGAGGGGGAAUACGAUUGUACGGAAGAGAAAUCAUACAACGUUGGGAACGUUCUUAACGAAAAUGUUGACGAAACAGAGGAUGUAAAACCGAUCACAUUAAACGGUGAAGCUGUAGAUGACAAAACGAUUACGAGUUUAUAUCAGGUGAAAAUAGAAGCUGGUACGGUAACUAUCGAGAAACUUACGUCCAAGGAAGAAGUAGAUGAGAAAACAAACGAAGACCAGACGGAGAAUGUAAAUGAUGAUGAGGGAGAAAUAGAAUAUCUUGAUGAAGCAUUGCUAGAUGUACCUAUGAUACCCCCUCCCAGUAAAGCAUCGCGUAUGAAAACCGCAAAGAACUCCGGUGAGGCUGUGAGGUGCAAAUUGUGCUCGGAGAAGUUUGAUUCGAUUUUAACCUUCAGGAAACACGUAGCGUGGACUCAUAAAAGGAAGGUGUGCAUUAUAGACAACGACUUUUACGUAUGUUCUGUGUGCGGCUUUAAAACGCCGAAAAAGAGUUUGUUUGCCGCUCAUUUGGAAAGAAAACACGAAACUUGGUCUAAGAAACGAUCUAUCAACACGAAAUUUCCUUGUAAUGCUUGCGGCUUUGUUUGCAGAUCGAAGCAUUCCUUACAGUCUCAUUUUACGAGGAAGCAUACGGAUAAGUACGAGCAUCAGUGCAAUUUCUGCUCAAAAAAAUUUAAGGUCAAAGGGGAUCUAACAAAUCAUAUACGAUUUCAUCAUAAAGAGAAGCCGGUCAAGUGUGAUGUAUGUGGCAAACUAUGCCUUAAUUCCGGUUCGCUGUAUGUACAUCAGAAGUGGGCACACUAUAAACCUAAAUACGAGUGUCACAUUUGCAAAAGACGUAUGGUAACACAAGCGAAUUUGGAUCAACAUUUGGUGACGCAGCACGAAAAACGCGACAAGAUAGUCUGCGCAGAAUGUGGUAAAACUUUUGCAAAGAAAGACUCGUUCAAGAGGCAUAUGGUGGUACAUACAGGAUGCAAACCGCAUUCCUGUAUGAUCUGUAGUAAACCCUUCGCGCGAAGAUCUCAGUUGCGUCAGCAUCUGCUUAUUCAUACUGGCAAGCGUCCGUUUGUGUGUGACAUAUGCGGCAAAGCGUUUACGCAAAAGCCGGGCUUGAUCUGCCAUAGAAAAACUCAUCCUGGCCAGCAUCCACCGCUGCCCGUGAUGCCAAUCGCAGAUUAUGUUAAAGAAUUCACUGAUGGAUAUGUACAGGAAAUUAACGCGCAAGAUAACGAAGAGGACAUCAAUGAAGAAGUAGUGGAUCCGUUGAACGUUGAGGAUAUCCAAAAAUCAUUCGUCGAAAUCGAAUGCGAACAGACGGAAAGAGAAAAGUUAUUGAUAGAACGUGAAGGACGACUGUCAGAGAUAAAUGGGAAUCUAAUGAGAGAGGAGCUUAAUCCGCAAAUCGUAACUGAAGAAAAUCGAUCGACUAGAAAGAAGACGACGUGUGUAGAGUGCGACUACUGUCGUCGUAAAUUCUUGAAGAAGAGUAACCUCGCCGAGCACUUGAAGCAACACAGACACAAAUGCGUCGAUUGCCCAAAAACCUUCAGCCUGCGGCGUUAUCUGGCGUCCCAUGUUGAGAAAAAUCAUCGGCAACAGAUGUACGAAUGCAGCGUGUGCAAGUAUAAGAGCAACAAUAAAGGAACCUUAAAGAAUCAUUACAUCCGGCUGCACACGAGCAACUACGACUACGCGUGUGAUACGUGCGGCAAGCAGUUCAAAAUAAAGAAGGCUCUGAAUCAUCAUGUGAAGCAGAAUCACAGCGAAGCUCCGCCGAUUGUGUGCGACGUCUGCGGUCACUUCAGUAAAAACCUCCACGCCCUCAAGGCCCAUAUGAAGUAUAGGCAUUACAAGCCGGAAUUUGUCUGUCGAAUAUGUCGACGAGGUAUGACCACGCAGGAGAACUUAGAGCAGCAUCUCAUGUGGCACGAAACUAGGGAGAAGGUACUCUGUCCGACUUGUGGCAAGAGAUUCCGGGGACGCGAUCUGGACUCACAUAUGAGAGUACACACUGGAGUGAAGCCGUUUCCCUGCCCUGUUUGCGGAAAGACUUUUCGACGGCAAACAGCUCAAGAACAACACGUGUUGAUUCAUACCGGAAAAAGACCCUACAUUUGCGAUAUUUGUGGUCAGACGUUCGCCCAAAAGCCCGGCCUGAUUUGCCACAGAAAGAGGCAUCCUGGCCCACUGCCUCCGCUACCUGUAGUCUCUAUCAAGAACAUUGUUACCGAAUUCACGAAAGAUGAUUCACCUGUGGAUCCUCUGACGGUCGUGGACGCCAAUAACACGGAACACAUGUCUGAAACCAUAGAAUGUUUAUCCGAGUACGAAUUAUUACCAAAUAAAAUCAAACAAUACAUUGUUAGAAGAGAAAGAAAAAUGAAAAACGAUACGAGAAGGGGAAAAAUCAAUCAGAACAGAAUCGAAAAAAAAAAACCUAAACUUUCCUUCGAGUGCGCCACGUGCGGUCAAUGUUUCAACCAGAAAGCUACUAUGAUAAAACAUAUGAGCUUGCACAAAUAUCAAUGCCAAACUUGCUGCCAGAGUUUUGGUUUGAAGCGAGAAUUAAAGCGCCAUAUCAUGAACGUUCAUGGACCUCUCCUGUAUCCAUGCAGCAUUUGUGAUUAUAAGAGCAACAACAAAUGCACUUUAAAGGAUCAUUUUAUACGGAAACACACUAGUGGCUAUCAACAUUCUUGUACGAUUUGUAAUAAACAGUUCAAAAUCAAGAACGACCUAAAACAACAUAUGAAUCAAGUGCAUAGCGGCGAACCGCCCAUCAUCUGUAGCAUCUGCGGACACGCUUGCAAGAACGUACCCGCUAUCAAGGCCCACAUGAAGUAUCGACAUUACAAACCAGCUUACGAAUGCAAAAUAUGCAAGCGUGGUCUUACCACUCAAGAGUAUCUCGACCAACACCUGAUCUGGCACGAAAGAAAGGAGAAGGUCGUCUGUCCCACCUGCGGCAAGACCUUCGGUCAGAAGAGGGAUUUGGAUCUUCACUUGAGGAUUCAUCAGGGUAUCCGACCGUUUUCUUGUCCAGUCUGUGGUAAAACCUUCCCCAGAAAAACCGCACAGGAACAACACAUAUUAAUUCACACCGGCAAAAAGCCAUACAUCUGCGAUAUAUGCGGACAUACCUUCGCACAGAAACCCGGACUCAUCUGUCACAGGAAACGGCAUCCUGGACCGUUACCGCCCUUGCCUGUGGUAUCCAUUAAGAAAAUAAUCAUGGAAUUAUUAUUCUUCUCUCUUUUCAGGCAAAAACGUAGAUCGCGUCAUGUUCACCAAUGCGUUAAAUGCGGGGAUCGCUUCUAUCAUACGCGGAAGCUUGUGGAGCAUCUGAAGAAUCUGCACAACAUCGACCGGGCAUUUAGCUGUGACGAAUGCGGCAAAACAUUCCGCAGCCCGAUGAAUAUAACUCGCCACAAAUUAAUUCAUACGGGGCUAAAGACGUAUAAAUGCGAUGUCUGCGAGUACAGCUCUAACCAGAGGUCUAAUAUGGAGUGCCAUCGUCGCCGACACACGAAGGAUUAUCUUUUCAAAUGUGAGAAGUGCGACAAGGGCUUUUUUUAUAGAGCCGACUAUCAGGAACAUCAAAAUACGCACAACAAGAAAAAUAUGUACCGCUGCGAUCACUGUUGUAAGCCUUACAAGUACAAGAAGAAUCUACGGGUACAUUUAGCGACGUAUCAUCUCAGACAUGCCGUCGCGAGGAACCCGAGGACGAGAUAUGCGUGUAAAGUUUGCCCGGAGAGCUUUAUGUAUAAGAGACUACUAGACAACCACAUAAAGAGUCAGCAUGGAUCUACAAACAAGUCGGCAAAGCACCUGUGCGACCUGUGCGGUACGAAACUGUCAUCGAUGAGACGACUGAUAGUGCACCAACGCAGUCACACGGGCGAGAGAAUCUUUGAGUGCGGCACGUGUCAUAUGAAAUUUUUCAGUAAGGAGAAUCUAAGUAUUCACCAACGGACGCACACGGGCGAGAAACCACAUGUAUGUGUGCAAUGUCGCCGCGGUUUCUCGCAGAGAACAGCCCUGGUUUAUCAUCUACGGUAUCAGCACUCUGGGCAGAAACCUUAUCAAUGUCCGGAUUGUGGCAAGGGAUUCGUGUCCAACGCUUUGCUCAAGAGACAUCACAGAAUGCAUGAGAAAACUACAUGGACGAAUAAUCACGAUUUGAAGAUGAAGAACGGGAACUUGCUUGAUCUUGGACAGAAAUUUGAAGAUGGUGAGAAGAUCUGUGAUUUAUGCCAGGCAAAAUUUCACUUCGUUACCAGACUGGUUGCUCAUCUGAGGAUAGCGCACGGCAUCCAUCGUCCUUUCGAAUGUGUCACCUGUGGGAAGAAUUAUCCUCAGCAGUUCAUGCUUAAUGCUCACGUGAAGAAAUCGCACACGCCUAAGACUGUGCCGUGCACUCAGUGUAGCUUUAUGGGUGUCAGCGUGACCGAUGUGGAAAAACACAAACGGCGACGUCACCGAGUCCCGGAAUUCACGUGCGAAAUUUGCAGCGAGGAUUUUGUCGACAAAGACGCUCUGAUCGCGCAUACGGCGACGCACGAUCUCGUGCAGCGAUGCAAUGCCUGCGACAGCAUCUUCAACGAUGUGUACAGCUUGAAGGAGCACAAUCGUCUCUAUCAUUAUGAUCCUGCAUCGGACGAGAAGUUAGACGAAUCUAGCGAGAACGAGUCCGAACACAAAUGCGACGUUUGCGGCAAGAUUUACAAGUAUAGGUCGCUGCUGAAGCAACACAAGGUCAGGACUCAUGGUGAUCCAUCAAAUUACGAGAGACGCAAGUACCUUUGCGCAUUAUGCGGCAAGGAGCUGAAGACCGCGAAGGGCCUCGAAAUUCACAAUAGAUCGCACACCGGUGAAAAACCGUAUACCUGCGAAGUGUGUGGUAAAUGUUUCGCCUGUGACACUAUGCUGAGAACCCACAAUGUCACUCACACUGGAGAACGGAAGUAUUCGUGUGACCAAUGCGGCAAAGCCUUUACGCAGAGAUCUACUCUGGUUGUUCACAAGCGAUACCACACGGGUGAACGACCGUACGUUUGUCCACGGUGCAAUAAGGGUUUCAUCACACGAACUGUCCUUAAUACUCACAUGAAGUCUUGUCGUUGAGACUGAUUUAUCUUCAUGGGAUUUAUCGAGUCAACGCGAAAGAGCCUACAUAUUUGAGAAUAUUCGAUACAAUGCAAUACUUGUAUUCUAUUAACAU